GCCGGGCGGCGGGGAGCGGCGAGGCGGCCGCGCCGAGAUGGGGUAACCAAAGAACCACGGAGAGGAAGUGUUUAUUACCUGGGACACUCUGGACAGGAAAGAGCUAAUGUGCCUGGAACUUGCAUUUUUGGACUUGCCUCCAGAACCCUGGGGAAUUUCCACCAGGGAGGUCAGCACCUCCUCCGAGAUUUCUCUAGGCUGCUCCGAGGUCCCGGGGAGCUCAGGCGAGUCACCAGCUGUGGCUCUCUGCAGAGUGCCCCCUGGGAGGAGGUGGAGGAAGCUGGCGGGAGCCCCAGAUUCUCUGCUGGGGAAACACUAGCUAGUUCCUGAAAGGCAGUGACAUGGUUCUUUUUCCUCCCUGAUGUGCUCUCUUGCUCUCUCACUAAAGAAUGACUGGACACUCCUAGAGCCUUCAGGCCCCAUCCAGGGGAUUUUUUUUUUUCACCACAAAGGGUAAUUCCUGUCCCAUCCCUGCUGUGACUCAGCUGUGACGUUGAACCACACAAGCCAGAGAGAAGAAGAUAAAGUCAUCAGACGCCCUCUCGCCAGGAGGGCAGCCCAACCAGCACUCAUCUCUUCUUAGCAGAGGAUCCACGGGCUGGUGCCCUGCUCCGAAGAGCUUGGACCGGCCGCCUGAGCAAGCUAGGACCCCAGGAUGGCCUCUGGUUCAGCCAGCAGCCCCCGCCUGGCCCCUGAUGAGAAUGAGUUUCCCUUUGGAUGCCCCCCCGCUGUCUGCCAGGACCCAUCCUCGUCCAGGGCCCUCCGCUGCACCACCUGUCUCUCUGAGAACGUGAGGAACUGUAAGGAUCAGAUCUGUUCCAAAUGCAGAGGGGACGACUCCCUGUCGGUGAGCCCGGGCAGCCUUCUGUCUCAGGAGAAGGAUCACCCUGACGUGGUGGAAGCUGGAGUUAAGUGUUCCUUUGCAAGUGUUGGCUGCUCCUUCAAGGGGAGUCCAAAGUUCAUGGAGGAGCAUGAGGCCACCUCCCAGGCCUCCCACCUAAACCUACUGUUGGAGUUCGCGAAACAGUGGAAGGCCCAUCUGGGCUCUGGCCUAGGAUCGGGGCCCAUGACCCUAGAGCGCAAUCUGUCAGACCUGCAGCUGCAGGCAGCUGUGGAGGUGGCUGGGGACCUGGAGGUGGACUGCUACAGGGCACCCUGCUCUGAAAGCCAGGACGAGCUGGUCCUCCAGCACUUCAUGAAGGAGAAGCUUUUGGUGGAACUGGAGGGAAAGCUGCGUGUGUUUGAGAACAUUGUCGCCGUCCUCAACAAGGAGGUAGAGGCCUCCCACCUAGCCCUGGCUGCCUCCAUCCACCAGAGCCAGCUAGACCGCGAACACAUCCUGAGCUUGGAACAGAAGGUGGUGGACUUGCAGCAGACCCUGGCCCAGAAAGAUGAGGCCCUGGACAAGCUGGAGCAGAGCCUGCGCCUCAUGGAGGAGGCCACCUUCGAUGGCACCUUCCUGUGGAAGAUCACCAAUGUCACCAGGCGGUGCCACGAGUCAGCAUGUGGCAGGACCGUCAGCCUCUUCUCUCCAGCUUUCUACACUGCCAAGUACGGCUACAAGCUGUGUCUGAGGCUCUACCUGAAUGGGGACGGGGCAGGAAAGAGGACCCACCUGUCGCUGUUCAUCGUGAUCAUGAGAGGGGAGUAUGAUGCCCUGUUGCCAUGGCCUUUCCGGAACAAGGUCACCUUCAUGCUGCUAGACCAGAACAACCGUGAGCACGCCAUCGACGCCUUCCGGCCUGACCUGAGCUCAGCAUCCUUCCAGCGGCCCCAGAGUGAGACCAACGUGGCCAGCGGCUGCCCGCUCUUCUUCCCCCUCAACCGGCUGCAGUCGCCCAAGCAUGCCUACGUGAAGGACGAUGCCAUGUUCCUCAAGUGCAUUGUGGAGACAAGUACUUAGGGCAGGGGUGGGUGGGUGCACCUGACCCAGAGGGAGCACUGCUCAGGCUGCAGGGUCUGCAGGAUGACAGACAUCUGCCCUUGGCGCCAGCAUGCUGGGGCACGGCAGUGGGCUGGCACGACCUGAGCAGGACUGACAGGAUGACUAUGGCCACUAUCAGUUAGGGUGGAGGACCUUGGGCAGGACCCACAAAAUCAAGGGGUCCAGCCAGAAGCCAUGGCUGGACAGUUGCUCUCUGCACUGACCACGUACCCGGGAGCCGCUCCAGCUGGGCAUCAUGAAAUGGACUCUGACCAAGAUGGGGAGGCCAUGGAGACUUGGCUUAGGGCAUGGAUGGUGAGUUGGGGAUGUGGAACCUGAGUGAAGGUGGCCUCCAGAUGGGAAGAUCACUGCGGGGCUACCAAGGAGAACUGGAAACAAGUUGCCCUCUUCCUGCUCAGGCCCAGGGUCAGGGGGUAGAAAGGACAGGGUGUAGCAUGAAUGCUGGCUGUCCUGACCUGUACCGACCGAGUUCCCUGCCACUGGAAGUGAACAGAGAGAACCAGAGGGAUGCACUGGGGGUAAGGGGCAUCACAUUGGGAGUUGGGGAUUUGAAGGCCUUGAGGGUCCCUUCCAGCCCAGAAAGUGUCUAGUGCUAGGCCUCCUGGCCCUGGUGGAGGAGGGGAUAGGGCUGCAGGGUUCAGAAACAUUCAGGAGGCUCAUUCCUACUGGGUUCCUCACUCACUCUCAGUCCCAUAGGUGGGCAGUGCUGGCCCCCACCUUGGGCCUUCAGUUCAGCUUCUCCAACAUGGAAGGGCAUCCCCAGUUUCCCUUACCUCUUCCAGGGGAAGCCAGGUUACCGAGCUCCCAGGGGCGGCCAGAAGGUGCAGAGGAGGAGGGGGCACCAGCCCUCCACUCUCCCUGCCUGGAGGCCCUACCUUUGGUAUGUCCAGACUCCCAGGACCUCAGUGAACCAAGUUAUUCACUUCUCUGGUUAACUGCUCGGAGGCCCACUCGCAGAGGUUGCCCUUUUAAAUAUAUAGAACCAAGAAAAAAAUUUUAAAGAUCUUUUCCAUAGUCUCCUGAUGUGAUGGUAAUGGGAGUUGGACGUACCUGAGUCAAGGACAGAAAAGCCACGGCUGAGGUCUCGGUGAUGGUACUAGUCCAGCCAUUACUCCCAUGCCAGGUACUGGCAGGAACACCCCUCCACCUGAGUCUCCUUUAUAUAAUGGGGAGAGCUGCGCCAACCUGCUUCCCUUACUGGGGUCCAUGAACCCUAGCAGAGCUGCCCCACAGAAGAUGGAAGAAAGAAAAUCCCGAGGCCCUCUGCCUACCUGUGAUGCCCACUGUGGCCCAUGCUUGUCUUCUUGCCACGAGGCUUCCCACAGCCAUGUCUAGCAGGGACCCUCCCUGAUUCUCCAGAAUCCCUGAGAUUUCACACUGCUGCCCAGGGCUCCAGAUCAGGACCUCAGCUGUCUCCCACCACCUUCCCUGUAGCUCACUCUCCUUCUACUUGCUGAGGCCAAGAGCCACUUAACUCCUCAGGCCUCAGAGGUUUCAUUUAUAAAAUGGGUCCUCAGUCCUGCCUGCUCUCCCAGGCUGGCAUUUCUGAGCAUGGAGGUGAGGGGGCAGCUGGAUAUCAGAAAACGAGACCUAGCCUGGGGCCAAGCAUGAUGUCCCUGUGCUUCUGCAUUUGAGUAUAGAGAAGACAUCUUUGCUGCCUCUACCUGCUCCGGAGGUCUUCAGAAGUCCCAUAGACUAUAAAGCUGCCAGCAUGGCUUUCUGCUCACCUGUCGUCACUUAACAUCCAUGAUAACAUUCUACCAGGAGCCCUUUCUUAUGGGCACAGACUGAGAAACCAAAAAAAAAAAAAGAAAUUAGCCUGCUCAAGACCACUCCAAAUAAGGGGUGGACUCAAGAUCUACACUUGGGUCUUAUGAUGCCAAAGCCAAGGCUGAAAUUAUUACCACUCCAUUCAGAUGGAGAAACUGAGGUACAGAGAAGGAAAGUGACAUGCCUGAGGUCCCACUUGGAAGUCAGGCUAACUCUGCUUGUCAUCAUGAACUGCGCUGUCCAGGAUGGUGGCUGCAAACGUGUGGCAGUGGGCAUGUGUGGUCAGCUGAAUAAUGGCGCCAGUGUCCAUACCCUGUGAACAGGCCCCCUGACAUGGAUUAUGAAGGAUCUUGAGAGGGGACAGGAGCCUGGACACAGGUGGACCCAAUGAAAUCACAAGAGUCCUCAGAAGAGGAGGGAAAAAAGAGUCAGAGUCGAUUUAGUCAGCUAAGCAGAGGGAGGAGGUGACUGCAAAAAAAACCAGAGGAAGGAACAGUUGGAGGGGAUGCAGGCUGCCACCUCUAGAAGCUAGAAAAGACCAGAAAGGAAUUCUCCCCUGGAGGCUCCCCUCCCAAAGGAACACAGCCCUGCCCACGCCUUGGUUUGCCCCUUAGGACUCAUUUCACGCUUCUGAACUCCAGAAUUCAGAGACCGUGUGUGCACUAUUAGCCAUUAAGUUUAUAGUAUUAUAUUACAGCAACAGUUAAAAACAAAUACCGCACUUGAAAUGUGGUUACUCCAAUUGGAGAGGUGCCCUAAGUCGAAGAUGUGCACCAUGUUCUGAAGACCAUACAAAGAAGAGAAUUUAUUUAUAUCUUUCUACUGAUGACAUGUUGAAAUGAGAAGCAUUUCGAUAUGUUAGAUUGAGUAAAUAUAAUA